UUUGGAUUCUGUCUCUAAAAUUCUAUUUUUUUCAUUCUUUCUUCAUCACAAUCGGUGGGAUGAUUAGGUAUGAGGAUUAGCUCAGGAGAAACCGACGGUAUAAUCUGAGUAUGGAUUUGUCUCCCUUCAAGCUAGACAUUGACGAGCUUAUUCGUGAGUUUGUUCAGAGUGAAUCAUCAACUUUGAAUGACAUGAAGAGAAUAUGGUUAUCGAUGAAAUUCUCCUACAUUUAUGAGGCCAGUCCUUCUACAAACUUAGCUUUCUUUAUGCAAUCACUCUAUGCGCAUACUAUUGGUCACAUGAUCAAUGUUGAUUCUUUAACUUGCAGACUUGGAGGGCUCUAUUGCCUCUACUGCCUAUAUGAAACUCAACCAUUCAAACCGCCUUUCAAGAUUUAUCUCUCACUUGGAGAGAUGAAGAAACUUACAAGUCUAGUUGUUGAGGCAAAAGAAAUGGGUAUAAGAGUAGUACCUACCUUGGUGAAAAGGAUGCUGGAAAAAGAUAUGUUUCUGUUUGGGCUUGUGGACUUAAAUGAAAGCUCGGUUAACGAGAUGAUUAACAGUCUGACAAAAUUACAAGAUGCCCGAAUACAAGUUGCAUAUGAGAAGUUAUUUACCGAUACGGACAUUGACCGAUGCAUUCACAUGGACUUGGGUAUGGAGGUUGACUUUGAUAAGAUAAAGAAAAUGUCCACAGAAUAUGCAGUGGCUAAGAGAAAAGCCAUCGAAGAGGUUGGAGAGGUGGUAAAUGUCCAGAACAUAAAGCAGAUAACGGAAUAUGAGAAACCUCUAAGCGAAAUAGUUGAGAAGAUAGAUGAGAGCUGGAACAACCAAAGAGAGGUGUUCUAUCGAAGGACCGGAUUGAGCCACCAAAAGCCUGCUGAAGAGGAACAACCGCUGCUGCUGCAGUUAGAACCGAAUGAAAAUGAGGCAGACAACGACGGUGAUGAAUUUUAUCGUCUUCUAUAUGAACAUGAUUGAAUCCUUUUCCUGGAGAAUUGAUUUUUUAAUGCAGGGCAUCUGUAUCUGAUUUUU